AUUUUGAAAUUUUAAAGAUGGCGUCCAGACUUGAAAUUUCAACUAGAAAUGUCAUUUGCAUAAAAAUUGUUUUAUUUUAUCUCAUUUUAAUUGCGGAGUCAGGUCAACUGCCUCUUGUCGUAAAUACUUGGGGACCGCCGUUCUUUAAUGCGACCAAGAAAGGUACUUUCACAUUUAAAUAUGGUAUAAUACUGAUGAAAUUGAUUUUUUUAAAUUGUGAUUUAUUUAUAAAAUUUAUACAUCAAGUUGAAAUUAAAAUAAAAUGUGGAAAAGUUUUCAUUGUGUAACUUUUCUUUUUAAAAUAAUGCUACAACAACAAAUAAUGCUAGUGCUUUAAAGAUGCUGUAAAGUCCGUACAAAUGUAAACAAACGCUUUGUUUACAUUAAUUUUGAACUCAGUCAGUGCUACAGUUGUAAAAUAUGAUUAGAUAUACUGAAUUUUUAACUCUUCUGGUUCGCUAUGCUUGUAAAUGAAUACAGACUAGAGAUUCAAUUCAAGAAAGUUCGGAAGGCAAUGCAGGGUCUGAAAUUUGCAGUAUCCCGAUAUCCACGGGAUACUAAAAUUUGGUUUUGGAUACCAAACUGUGAAUGACUUGCAUCCCAACUGGAUACUAACAAAAUUUCAAACAUUAGGGAAAUUUAAAGUUUGUUCGUUCACUGCAACCAGGUAUAUCAAUCAUGUUUCGCUCGCUACUCUGGUUUAAAUAAAUUAUUACAAAGCCCAGUCGAAUUGUAAUCAAGGGUCUUGAUUACAAAGUCUUGAUUACAAUUCAACUGCAUGGGCUGUGUAAUAAUUUAUUUAAACCAGAGUAGCGAGCGAAACAUGAUUAGGGAAAUGUUAAGUACCUCUGACAGUCUCCUGAUAGCUUGUAACAGCGAGAGUUAUUGGAUGGGACAGGGUAGAAUACUUAUGGUAACCAGUAUCAAGAAGUGGGAUAUUGCAUUCUCAGGGGGGAUACUAAACUUUGAAUCCUGGUUCCCCAGUUGGAUACUGAGAAAAUAUUUAAAUUUCAGACCCUGCAAUGGUAGGGUCCGGACCAUUGCAGUAUGUAGGCCUGCACAGAACGUAUGCGCAGAACGGACUUUACAGCAUCUUUAAUUAUUAACAGUGCUACAAAUUAAUAAUUAUUCAUAUUAAGGUGGCUCGAUAUAGUUAUCACAAAAACUCUGCUCAAGAAUUGCGAACAAAACCUGGAGACCAUUUUUAGGCACAGGUCGCGGAAACUGAUUAACAAAAUGAAAGAACUUCCAAAAUGUCUUGAUGUGAGCAGUUGCUUGCACCAUCUCACGUCAUUGUGCAUGUUCUAUAGCGUUUUUUAUAAUAUAGCGUUUGUAUAUUCUGAACGCUGAUUGGCUAAGAGCCGUGUUGAUAUAACUCAAUGUCAACACGGAAAUGUCGGAAAGUUUCUUUUUUUAUAUUUCUUUGUGCUAUAUUAUAAAACAAAUAUAAAACAUUUUUUCCAUAUUGAUAUAUAGUUAUAUCAACACUCGUGGAAAUUGGGAAAACUCGAAAUUGUGUGAAAACACUCCGCCCUUCGGGCGUCGUGUUUCCACACAAUUUCUCGUUUCCCCAAUUUCCACUCGUGUUGAUAUAACUGUAUAUCAACACGGAAAAUGUUUUAUAUUUGUUAAAUGUCAAUUGCUGACGUCAUUAGAAUUUUCCAUUUUAGAAAAACAAUGCGCUAUAUCUCUAUUUUGUCUGGUGACCUAUGUUCAAAUUUUGCAUGCUGUAUUGCACCGCUAAAAACUUUCAUUAUACAAAAAAUAAAAAAUUCUGUAAUGCCAAAAACAUUUUACCGAAGAGUACGACAUUUUCCAAAAAAAUGGCAUUACAGAAUUUUUUUAUAUUUGCUAAUUGUUAGUUUUUCUUCCAAGUAAAAUAAUGCACAAAAAAAAUAUUGGGGGUCACCAUGUUUCUUUUCCAACUAUACGAGGCGAUAGGUCAUUUUUGAGUGAAUUUCGUACACAUAUAUUGUCAUGGCAACAAACUAUCUGUUACUAAAACUAAUAUAAUUUGAAAGUAGAGAUAUCAAAAUAUAUAAAAAACCCAAUAUCUGCUGAAUAAAUCCUAAAAAUGCCAAAGUGUUGAACACCUGAAUUCUUGGAAACUCUAUCGAGCCACCUUAAUUGAUACAUAUAAAAGCAAGGUCAGGGACUCAUGCAGGGAAAAAGAGGUCCACCCAUUAUUCGCAGAAAGAGCAGUGUGCAUUCCAUCCUAACUAUAAUUACAUGUAAACAAGAUACCAAAUUAAGGCCGAAGUUAACUUGCAGUAUGCCAAGCCAAUGUAACAUAUCACACCUCAAAACAAAAAGAUGCUGUAAAAAUGCAAUAAGAUGACCUGAUAUGAACAGUCUUCCAAUUGGUUUUCUGGAGGCUAGACUCUUGAGUGGUCUGAAGGCAUUCUGUCCUGGAAUCUAUAGUUUAUGAAUGGUAUUUCCUGCAUACGGGGAGAGCUUUGACAUGCAGAAGCCAAUGCCAGGUCAUGUUUUUCAUGCAUUAAUUGGGCCCUAAUACACCCUACUUUAUUAUUUUACGCAGUCUAAUGCCAGGUGAUCUUUAUACUUGUCAAGGAGAGAGCGCUGGUGCUCAAUGUGGUGCUCCCAGUCUUCUAGCCCCUGUAGACCCCCUACUCCUGUUUGCCACCCCUGCAUAAAGUAAAUGUUGCUAACAUUAUCACAGGCAGUUACAAUAGCAUAAUAUUGUGUGAGGCAAUUGUACUUGUCAAAUCUAACUCUCCAAUGCAGUUUGCCUUGCAAAAUUGUUUUCACAUAGCUGAGCUGGAUGGCCUGGUGGUCAGAGUAUUUCAAUCACUGUCAUUGAAUAUAAUAGAGAAACUGCUGUCAUGUUGUUGACCAUUUACUAUAUAUCUUGCCUAGAGGACAACUGACAAUUGAUAAAAACUCAAUAUAUUUUGUUUAUUCAUGCAGCUGUGAGGGUUGCAUUUCACACACAGGCUUUUAAUUGCUUUCAGUCACAAACUUUAAGCAUCUCUGUUUACAGGAAAAAGUUCUGGAUAUGAGGUUCAUCAUGUACAGCAAAUGAAAUCUAGAAGACUUAGUAUAGUCUAUUAACCCCUCCCCUUGAAGAGUACAAUGGCAGAGUAGCUAGGGUGCAUCAGGGCACAAUGCAACUUAAUGGGUUGACUAGACACAUAUUAAUCAGGUUAAGUCUAAUUAACCACUGAGGGUCAGCACUCUCCCUUUGACAAGCACAAUCACCUGGUAUUAGACAGAGUAAAAUAGCAAUGUAGGGUGUAAUACAACUUGAUGGGUUAAAUACUGUGUAAUACCUCUUAAAGUCAAGCACUCAAGACAAAUGCAAGCCAAGAUGAGGUUGAUGCAAUACUCGAUCUAGAUAGUGUUUGGCACAUGAAUUUGUUGUAGUUGUUAAAUAAGUUUAAUUAGUUUAACGUGGGUCCUCAUUCUUAUCAAAACACCAAAAGUGAUUGAGCCCCAACCUAUAUCAACCUUGUACACCACCUGAGAGCUACAGAAAGCAUUAAUUUUCUCAAUAGCAUGGACUGUAAUAACCAAUGGUGUAUCAUCUUCACUGGAUGCUGUUGAACUUGGUUGUAGCGUUUGUGAAGUUGAACAGUGUGAUGGUACUGUGGGAUAUGGAGGAAGGUGGGUAUAUUAUCUAUUACAAACAUCAAGUCUUGUACACUGAGUACUAUCCACCUGGCUCAACUCCAAGCAGCAAGGUGAAUAAAAUCAUCUAUACUAUAGUGAAAUGUAUAUUCAGCCUUGCAUUUAAGAAAUACAUUAAGAAUUGGUCAGUUUACAGAUUAAUGAGAGUUUUAUGCACUGGUCAGACAACUACAUGACUUGUAGCCUGCGGGCAGCCCCAUACCACGUAAACGAGGUGGUAUGGGGCUGCCCGCAGGCUACAUGACUUGCAGAAAACAAAUUUUGCAUAUUAUGUUACGUAUUCAGCUCACUCCCCAUUGGGGCUUUUCAAUGACCUAUUACAUCAAGUCAGGGUUGGAUAUAAGAACACUUUUUCAAAAAUAAAAUGUUCUUAUUUCUUAUAUUAGUAUAAGAACAUUUUUUGCAAUAUAAGAACAUUUUCACAAACUUUGAUGACGUCAUAUUAUGACAUCAUCCAAAAUCCUAAAAUGACGAUUCAAUUUUAGAUGUUGCUGUAACCUCUUGGCUUUCAAAAUUAUAAAAAUAGUUAUCACUGCUGUAUUUAUACGACUAUUAUCUGUAUGUCUUAUUUUCAGGAUGAAUCUCAAAUAGUUAAAAUUUACAACUUCGAAGUAGAAUAAUUAAUGGAAUAAUAUAAGAAAAUAUAAGAACAUUUUUGCCUCCCCAAAAAAUAUUCUUAUAAUAUAAGAACAACUAAUAUAAGAACAUUUGCCAACCCUGCAUCAAGUAUUACGCUUGCUUACAGUAUGUUACUUAGCCUAGACUAUUUGUCUUUACAACAAUUGUGAUAUUGCUUUCCUAACUAUGUAAAUCCUAGUCCCCCACCAACACCUGAAGAAAACCCACGACUUUCGGCAGAGCGUUAAUUGACAGACUCUUUUCACAUGAGUCCAUAGUGAGAUCGAACCCAUGCACGAUCUCAGAGGUGAAACGUAAGGCACUUGCUCUGACUACUGCGCCUGUGAAGCCCCAAUAAACAUAUUUGACACAGCCUUCAGAUUUCAUAUUACUGACAAAUGCAUCAGUAGGCAAGCUAAUUCAAAGGCAUGCAUGAUUUGCAUAGAAAAUUAUUUGUUGCAUGAUAUACAUAUACAAUAUUCAUUAAAUGUUAUUUUUAGUCCUGAUGAAAAUGGCAUUACAACACUGGAUGCCAUGAUUAUGGAUGGGUAAGUCAAAGUGGUGAAAAUAAUCUAAUUCGUUUGACUAGAAAAAGUCUAAAAUGUCGAAAUGCAAGGAAUUAACUAAGUCCUUUCUUACUUACUUAGUCCCUUAUAGUUAUAUUGAUUGCUUUUACGUGUCAACAACAGGGGCGUAGGAAGCAUCAGAAGAUGGGUGGAUUUUCCCGUCAUACCAUACCGAAAUUGCACGUUCUUGACCAAAUCGUUUUUAAAAACAUCGAAAUUUCCAAACAAAAAGGGCGCCUUUGAUGUUAAUUUAGUAUUUACAGCGACAUUAGCUGGUGCAAAAAGGGCACUUUUCAUCACAAAAAAGGGCACUUUUGGUCCUUUGAAAAAAAUGGGGGGGCACGUGCCCCCCUGUGGCCCCGGUUCCUACGCCCCUGGUCAACACAACAAUUUUUCCUUGACUAGAGUUAUGGAAACAAUGUUAUUUAAACUCUGUAACUCAACUUCCAAGGAGAAAUAAUUGUGUCGAUUCAAAAUUUCUGGUGAGCACUCGUUCUAGGAAACAUGUGAGACAACCAGUUUUAUAGCUUUUAAUACUCAAUAAUUAACAAACUAUUGAGUAUUGUAUAAUUUUUGAUAGAUAUUUUUGCCAAUGAUAGAUAAAACUGAAUACAGACUGUAUUCAGUUUUAUCUAUCAUUGGCAAAAAUAUCUAGCUCCAAAUUCUAAUGUCAAAGUAUGUGCUUUAGAACUUUGAAUUGAGACAGGGCUGUAGUUAGACACGAUAAUGGGGGGGGGGAGGGUGUUUAUUCAUACAGUAUAUUCAUGAAUCAUGUUCACAUACCGUAAAAACAAUCGCUUUCAAAAGAAAUCCGUCGGGCAGAACAUGAAUAUAUGAGAUAUCCCCCCCCCCCCCCCCAAUUAUCGGUCUAGCUACGGCCCUGAUCAACUCCAUAACCAUAUGUAGAGGGAGUGGAGCUAGCUAACAUCUAAACCUGGAGUAAAUGGCUAUCAACUCCAAAAUAGUGAACAAUUGCAAAAUCGUGUCUUUUAAAAUUCUAACAUCACUUUCCGUGGUUCCUUAUUUUUCGUGAUUUAGUGAUUCUCUCGAUGUUGGUUCGGUGGGGUGUUUGAAGAAUAUUCGUGGUGCAAUAUCUGUCGCUCGGAGUGUUAUGGUACAUACAGGUCACACCUUGCUUGUUGGCGAGGAUGGUAAGCAGCUGACAAUAUUCAUUUUCAGGCAUCCCUACGACGUCAUACUUUUUGUGCUAUAAGACGUGUACCCAUAAAAUUAAGGAGCUGCAAAACGUGGUCAAAACUCAAAACAGUUUACAGUAUUGUUAACUCUCAAUAAGUAAUAGGCAUAUAAACCAAUCAUGGCGCAGUAUUUAGGCCUGCAUGUGUAACCUCGUUAACAUCAAGCAUUAUUUUUAGCCACACAGUUUGCGAAACAAAUGGGAUUCAAAGAACAAAGUUUAGAAACCAACAGAUCAUUGUAAGUGAUGUUAAUGAAGUCAAAUCUAAAAUUAAUGUUAUG